AAGCCUCAAGCACUCCACACAACACAAGAAACCUGAAAAUCACAUUCCAACCUUCAAGAGCUCACUUUGCUCUCUCUCUCUUAAAGCUUAUUAUCACUCUCUGAUAUUUACUUUAGUCGACAUACUUGGAGUCCCCGACAUCUCGAAGCUUUUUCUCAAUGGAGGAUCUGGUGGAAAGGAUGAUCUUGGAGAAGCCGGUGGUGAUCUUUAGCAAGAACUCGUGUUGCAUGAGCCACACCAUCAAGACGCUUCUUUGCGACUUCGGGGUGAACCCGACAGUCCACGAGCUAGACGAGAUUCCGAGAGGCAAGGAGAUCGAGCAGGCACUCGUGAGACGUGGAUGCAGCCCGGCGGUCCCCUCCGUGUUCAUCGGCGGCCAGCUUGUCGGUGGAGCCAAUGAGGUGAUGAGCCUCCAUCUUAAUAGGUCCUUGAUCCCUAUGCUCAAGCGCGCCGGAGCAUUAUGGGUUUAAAGGAUUUCAUCAACAGCCUCAUCCGGCCAACUUAGAAAGAAGAAUAAAUAAACAAUGUGUGUUUUUGGUACACGAGUUUUGGAAAUAUAGGUAUACUAGUCGGAUGUGUUGUCAUAUGUAUGAAGAGAGCUCGUCAUAGUUAAUGUUGGACAAAACCCUAACGUAUAUGGGGUUUGUAUCAUUUUGUGGUGACUCCUGUUUUUGAAUUGAAUAAUAAAAAUGACGCAGUUUUGCUAUAUAUCGUACAUCUUUUAUAUAUAUAAUUAAGGAAAGGAAAAAUUUUAAG